UUUCGGGACUUGUGCGCCGAGCAGAUCCGGGCGCCAGGGAGCUGCAGAGAGGGGGGGGAGAUUCGGGAUGGCUUCCAAGGGGUUGCUGCUGUUGGGUCUGCUGCUGUUUCCGUGCCACUCUUUCCGAUUCAACCCCGGGACAACCGGUUGCACAGCUGGAGUCAGGCAUGGAGGAAACCCCGCUUCAAUGACGAAAACCCGUGGCCGGCCAGCUUCCAGGCAAGCCCCCGCCGUACCAGGCCUGCGAGCGUCAGCUGCAGAGGGCGAGGAAGAGCGACCGAGCGGAGACGCACGCGCGGAAUCCGCGGCGGAGUCAACCGCGUCGGAGGGAGGCGGCGGCUCGGCGUCAGGGCCAACCGGAGGCGGCGAAGAAGGUGUUUCGGAGAGCGGGGCGGCGGAGGGCGCUGAGAGCAUGGAGCUCAGGGAUUUCCGGGCUAGGCUCAUGUCCAAAGGCUUGGAUGGGUGGGGUGGNGGAGGGGAACAAGCUAGAGUGGCGGUGGUGACGGCGGCGGGGGGGGGGGCGCGAGCAUUGAGAGGGGGGUGGGCGCAUCCGCUUGUUCGGCCGGAGCUGGGGUGCUUGGUGAUAGCCAAGCAGGGCAUGUUCGUGACCCAGCAGCAGUACUUUUACAAGGCGGUUGCGCUGGUGAUCCAGCAUGGCGACGACGGCACGGUGGCCCUCAUCCUGAACAGACCGACCACCUUCACCAUGGGGGACGUGUGCAAGGGAGACUUGCAAUCGGUCCCCGGCAUGGAGGAUAACGUGCUGUACAUGGGGGGCGACGUGACUGGUGCACGUGAUGACGGUCUAGAUGUGGUGAACCUCAUGCACGGACGGGAGGACGUCCCGGGCAUGGAGGUGGUGAAGGGGCUCCGUCUGGGGGGACUGAAGGAGGCCCUGGCCCUGGUCGCACAAGGACGGGCACAACCCGAGGAAUUCAAAUUUUUUUCGAGAUAUUCAGGGUGGGGCCCAGGGCAGCUGGAGGCGGAGGUGCUUGCGGGCGCGUGGGAGCUUGCGGCGUGCGAUCUAGAGAGCGUGCUGGAAAGCCAGAAUCACCCCGACCAGCCUGGACACUUCUGGGGCGAGAUCAUGGGCCGGCUGCAGAGACAUCGCGGCAGCAGCAGCAGUAGCAGCAGCAGCGCACUGCCGGACACAUGACCUCAUGUUCUGAUUUUUGGCGGUGCUGCGGCGCAUGUUGUGAAUUUGGCAUCGCGUCGGUGGCAGCAGCAGCAGCACAGCAAUGCCGGCCACGUACGGUCAUUGUUGGCGGCUCUGCGGAGGCACACGUCGCCUCAUUAUCUGAUUGCGGAAGUGGGAUGCCAGUGUGUGGCGAGCGGUAGCGCGUGCGGCCUGUUCAUAACCGUUGGAGGGGCGCUUUGUACAUGGAGAGGGAGGUGUGGGAGAGUUGUACAGGAUCCAGAGGGGGAGGCAGGAAAGAUAGGACGUGAGGCGGUAAUGACCAAUUCCGCCAGGAAUUAAUCCUCUUGACUUUUGGAAACCCAUGCGGUGUUGCGGGAGACUUCGCGCGCGCGUCAUCUCAGGUUAUUGCUUGCACCCGCGCUAUAUUGUUGGUCGGAAAAAUAAAUACAAACACAGAAAGACAUGUCGUUCGAGAUAUAUCCACAGUCGAAGGGGGUGUGUUGGUGGAGUCUUUGCAGGAAAUGGAGGGAAACCGGCUGGGUACACAUUGGCGCUUAGGACGAUUAGAUUGAGAGAAGCCGAUGACGAGGGUGGUGCUUGUUCGUAGUCAUGAAGUAUUUAGUUCCUCCUCAUCUUUUCAAUGGUCUAGUAGCCAAUGCAGAAAAUCAUGGGCACGCCCCCGCCCUUCUGAUCUCAAGGUUUGGGGCAAUUAAACGUGCCUUUGGCGAUUUGCUUCCUCCAUCCUCGG